CCUCCUGUCGUCUUCCGGCUGAAAAUAACAGCUUUGCCCAGUCCGACCGCGAUCGACGGAUAGAGUUGAAAGUGUGAAAGACGCCGCUGUGCCAGAUAUGGCUGGCUUCGAGAAUAAGUUAAGUUCUUACACCUUAACUCAGUUAAACGAACUGCUCGAGGAUGACGAAAAGCUCAACAAAUUUAUCGACGACUCGGAAGAGAUUAAAGGACUACAGCAGAACAAGGAGAUGACGCUGGCUAGUAACCGUCUUCUGGCAGAGCAGAACCUUACACUGCAACCCAGACUUGACCACCGAAAGAAUGAACUGACCGGUCGGUACCGCAACCUUCAAGAGAUGUUUGAGGCCUAUCAGCUGCGCAAGUCCACUCUAGACGACAGAUCUGGAAACACUCCCUUAGACACACUCCUCGCACUCCUACAGGCAGAAGGAGCCAAAAUCGAGGAAGAAACUGAGAACAUGGCUGAUUCACUCCUCGAUGGUGCUUUCCCCCUGGACACAUUUAUCGACGAGUAUCAGAGUAAAAGGAAGCUGGCGCACAUACGCAGAGUCAAGAUAGAGAAGCUCCAAGAAUUGGUGCUGAAGGGACACCACAUGGCCCCAGCUGCUCCUCAGGCCUCUCGUGCUCAGGACCUUCCCUCCAGGCCAGCAGCUCUCCAUAGAGAGGUCAAUGGUUCCCCCAUGCCGAUGCCCCGGCGGGCUCCUCCUCUUCCCCCAAUUAAAGUCCCCCAUACUCCUCCUGCUCAGCCCCCCGCAGCCGUCUCUUACCCUCCUACUUCUCCGUUCGCUGCGGCCUCUCCAUUCCCUCCCACUUCUCCAUACCCCCCGAUUCCCCCUAGAGUAGGAAACACACCACCCGUUCUUAACCAGGGAUACCCCAGCAUGUACAUGCAGCAAUACGCCCCAGCUGUGCCCCAGAGAGCCCCUCCACGCAUGGCACCCCAGCCAGGCUUCAUCAUGCAGUGAGCAAAGAACAUUACGUUCUAUGGAGAAAAAAAACGAAAUGCACACUGGACAUUCAUUUAAGCCUUUUGUAGGUCCUUCAAGCUGCACGUUAUUAAAUAUUGUGCGCCGAGAUGAAGUCUUGUCAAGUGUAAAAUUAACAAGGCUUUACUGCAAUCAAAGGGGCAUCUGCAACAGGAUCUUCAAUUUGCACUUUAGACUACUUUUGUAUUUGAUCGGUCAUGGCUGGUUAUGGAGUCAUGCUGUUUCCGUUCUGCCCUUCUCAGUAGUGUUAGUUCAAGUAAAAAAAUUCACAUGAGCCUCAGGGGCCUCCAUGCGUAAUGAAGACAUCAAAGUUCAAGAACAGGCGUUCUGUUAGGCCAUCUAGACAGAUACGAAGAGCUAUGAUUUGAUGUUUUAAUCUGAGUUGUCAAGUUCAUGCUAAUUUGUCAGGUCAACCACUUUAAUAUCUUCUGGCAUUUCAUGCCUGAAAAAGCUGCUUUAACAAAACAGUAAAGCCUAUGCAAACAGACUGAGACCGAACUGUGUUUUUUGGGAGGGGGAGCAAACCAUUUUUGCUCUUUAGGUCUUCUCAGACCUGCAGUCAAAGAUGCGAUUUGUUUUUUUUCCAGUGAAUCCUGUUAGCAAAACAGAGCUUAAAUGCGGAUGAAGUCAUUCGGUACUGAUGUGGUGGAUGGGAUCAGAGCUACCGCUAUAACUGAGAGAGCCUUAUGUCUCAGAUACAAGUUCGCACUGGAAGCAGCUUAUUGGCUAGAAUUUGAAAGGAGUGCGAGUAAAUUGUAGUAUGUGUUGGGGGAAAAAAGUGCAAAUGAGUUGUUUUAGGAUUAAGCGUUAACAUUUGUGAAGCAUACGUGCUUGCAAUGUCAUUACCAUGCGUACUUAAACUGACGUUGAUGCAUAAUUUACCAUCUUAAUGUUUGUAACUAACACCAUAAUCCUCCUCGUGUUUAUUUUUGCCAUCUGGUGUGAAGAUGUUCAUUGGAGAUGCGCUUCCUUUCCAUAAGCCCCACAUAUUAAUUGAUAUUUAAUAUAUAUAAACUAAUAUAGCCAAACUAUUUAACCCAUAAUCUGACUUGCCUACACCAUCAGGUCUGUUACAUAUCAUAUCUUGGUUACUGUCCUCAAUAUUGUAGUAUAACCUUCUUUCAUGCCUUUUGUUUUCACCCUGCAACUGUUUUCACUAUGUACGUUCUGGUUUCUUCAUGUGUUUGCCGCUGAAAAAGCCACUUUGUGCCUAAGCUGGGUAUUAAGAUGAAGACUUGUUCACUGUGUCGAGGAGUGUGUGUGUGUGUGUGUUCGUAUUUCUCCUCACCUUCCCGUUCUAAAGCAGAUUUCUGUGACGAUUAGACAUUUCUUUUACAACAUAUAUGCUGUUUACGCAGGUACAUCUUUACAAGUGCUCUUUUCCUAAAUAUCCAUUGUAUUUACUCGACCGGUUAGAGCCAUCAUUACUUUGCCUCAGAUUCAGGAAGCUGACAUGAUAGAAAUGUUGUUUGGAUGAAGUCCUCUCUUUAAUCACCGGUGCUACUACAUUCAUUUAAUGAGCUGAACCGAGAUGAUGUUAGUACGCAGGCUCUGUUUGAAUUAAAUCACUCUGUUUGUCAGGCUCGGGUUUGGUAUCUGCUUUACGUCAAUGCUGAUGAGCACCAGAUCGAGAGGUGGAAUUAUUUGAGUUCCUCGUGAAUCAGGCUGCAUUAUGUCUAGACAUUGGUUAAAUACCUGUGAAAACCUUUAUGUACUAUGACAGGAUUGCCAACCAUCUGGAAAAACCAGCAUCCACCCUUAAAAACUGUUUGUUUGUUUGUGUAUAAACAUGUUCUUUCUUUGUCUUAAAAAUAAUGAAUGCUAGGUUUGUAAAAGGUAACUCGGCUGUAUGCUUUUGCUGGCAGUAAAAUAGUGUUUUAUACUUUCCUCAUGUAAAAUAUGGAGACUUAAGUGCUAGGUAAUGUCUGUUCAAAGUUGGUAGACAUGGUAUGAAACUGACAUCUCCAUUUUAAAGAUAAUAAAUGAUAUCCCAUCGCUUUUCUGUGA